CUGAAAUUUUGGUCACGAUUUAUUCGCAUCCCUUGUAACCUGCUUGUAACCAAUCUAUGCUUGCCGCCGGCAUUUACUAUAUCGUCACUCGUCAGGAAUAAGAUACAAGCGCCACCGCCACCAGGAUGAAAAUUAGUAUCCCGGAAAUUUUAAUUCAUGGCAAUUGUCAUCAGUCUUCGCUCAGCUGUUGACCUGAGUAAUACGUUUUUCGUGCGUCUCAACUUCCUUUCUAAAUAAGAUCAGUAGGGCAAAUGUUUUAAGAACACAAAUAGAAUAGAAAUAUUGUAUUAUACUUGCGUCGAGGAUUUUUCACCCUAGAACUGUGAUGCUCUAAGCCGAAGAAAUGGAUGAAUCUCUGCAAUCAGAUAUCUGUCGUGUUUGUCGCUGUGAGGGAACACUUGAUAGACCUCUGUUUCAUCCAUGUAUUUGCACUGGUAGUAUAAAAUUUAUCCACCAAGAAUGUUUAGUCCAAUGGCUACGGUAUUCUAGAAAAGAAUAUUGUGAGCUGUGCACACACAGAUUUUCUUUCACUCCAAUUUAUUCUCCUGACAUGCCUAAAAGACUGCCUCUUAAAGAUAUACUUUCUGGUCUGGUUUCCAGCCUUGCUAGGGCCAUUAGAUUUUGGCUUCAUUACACACUUGUUGCCAUGGCUUGGCUAGGAAUUGUUCCUUUGACAGCCUGCAGAAUCUAUCGCUGUCUCUUCACAGGUUCUGUCUCUUCUGUUUUGACUCUUCCAUUGGAUAUGCUGUCAUCAGAACAUGUGGCAACAGAUAUUUUGCAUGGUUGUGUUGUGGUGCUCUGCACUUUAUGCGCUUUCAUUGGACUAGUAUGGCUACGCGAGCAGAUUCUUCAUGGUGGUGGACCCGAUUGGUUAGAACAAGAUAUCCAAAAUGAGGAACAUGUUGAAAUGGAUCAACCGGUCGAAGGUCCUGUACUUGACGCAGAAGUUCGUCUGCAGAAUAAUGGCCCAGCGGAUGUAGAUGCAGAUGUCGUAGGAGAGGCUAAUAUUCCAGCUCCGAAUAACGCUGCACAGCAAGCGCAGCUCCAAGGUCAAGCACAAGACGAUGUAAACUGGAACCUGAUGGAAUGGGAUAGAGCAGAGGAAUUGACUUGGGAACGUCUUCUGGGUCUGGAUGGCUCGCUGGUGUUCCUGGAACACGUCUUUUGGGUUGCAUCUCUUAACACUUUGUUCAUCCUUGUUUUCGCAUUUUGCCCCUAUCACAUUGGACACUUUACAAUCGUUGGUUUCAAAAUGAAAGAUUGGGUUUCGGCUUGCCACUUCGAGGGUCUAUUAACAACUCUUUGUGGCUAUGUGGUCAUUGGUCUUUUUCUCGUUCUUCUUCAUGGCGUCACUUCUCUUCUUCGAUUACGAAGGCCAAAACGUAUACUGGGGCUCUGUUAUGUUGUCGUAAAGGUCUCACUACUGACUGUAGCCGAAAUCGGCGUCUUUCCUAUAGUCUGUGGUUGGUGGCUUGAUAUAUGCAGCCUGCCCCUUGUUGAUGCGACAUUUAAAGACCGAUUGCACAACUUUAGUCACGCUCCUGGGACUUCGAUGUUUCUUCAUUGGUUAGUGGGCAUAUUAUGCGCAUUUUACUUUGCAUCCUUUGUAUUGCUGCUACGUGAAGUUUUAAGGCCUGGGGUGUUGUGGUUUCUCCGCAAUUUGAAUGACCCUGAUUUUAACCCAGUUCAGGAGAUGAUCCAUCUGCCUAUCGUCCGUCAUCUUAGACAAUUUGCCGCUUCGUUGGUAAUUUUUGGCACUAUUGUCUUUUUGAUGCUUUGGGUUCCCAUUCGACUUCUACAGCAAGGCAUGCCAAGUUUCUUGCCCUACUAUAUCGUUAAUUCUACCGACACCCAAGUCUCAGAAUAUUCUUUGGAGUUGUUGUUGUUGCAAGUGAUCAUGCCUUGCCUAUUGGAACAAAACCAUGCUCGUCAAUGGUUACUGUAUGGGUUGAGGAUGUGGUGUCUAGCUGUCUCGUGGUUGUUGGGUCUUCGCUCUUAUUUACUGGGAGAUGUAGCUAGCUCAAGCGAGACAGGAGGAGGCCAAGCCCAUCAUAAUAAUGAAGGAGUGGUAAUCGGUGAAAAUGUUGAAGAAGGAGAAUAUAAUAAUCCAAACCAUGAACCUAAUAAUGAACAAGUUGACGCACCAGUGGCUCCGGCGGAACCUGCUUUUGCAGCCCUUCCACAAGAUGGAAAUAUUCGUUUUGGAGGAGUGCCGUUUCGUAACGGAGGACUAGGAGCCGCCCACCAGGCCCUUCUACAGCGUGAGGGUCCUGCUGGCUACGUACCGUAUUUACGACCUUCUGUUUUUUUUAUCAGGAUUCUCCUCCUCCUCCUCCUUAUGUGCAUUAGCUUGUCAGUUGCAAGCACAAUAUUUCUUACACUUCCUGUUUGGAUUGGGCGCUUGUUAAUGGAAACGUUUUAUGGAGCUGGACCUCACCACGAAUUAUACACGGCAUUCACCGGUUUAUAUUUCUGCUGGCUAGUUCUCCGUGGGAUUCACGUUUUUUCUCAUUUGGUUCCUCGAGGAUGGUCAAAUGUUUUUGUUCGUGUCAAGUCCUACACCAUUUUGGUACUUAAGUGCAGUGUGGCGUUUUCUCUUUUACUGGGCGUCAUACCCUUGAUGUUUGGACUUCUAUUAGAUCUCGUUGUUGUAGUUCCACUGCGUGUUGCCGUCAACCAAUCGCCCAUCUUUUCUCUGUCACAGGAUUGGAGUCUUGGAGUCCUAUACACGAAGAUAGUUUGUGGGCUGACAAUGAUGUCGCCAGACUGGUGGUUGAAGCAUUCGUUAGAAAAGUUGUAUCAAGACGGAAUUCGCAGAAUGAAUUUGACCUUUGUUCUAUGCGAGCUUGCCAUACCCGCUAUAGUGACUCUUGGUUUGGCGUUGGCACUUCCAUACGUCGUAGCUCAUUCAAUUGUUCCAUUUUUUGUUCCCAGCCGACAACUUAGAGCUCUUAUUGCUCGUAGAGUAUACCCAUCAUUUCUCGUCAUGAUCCUUUUGAUGGUGUUCUCCGUGUGGCAAUUGAAGCAGUUUAAACGACUGUACGAGCAUAUAAAGAAUGACAAGCUCAACAGGUAUUUGGUGGGGCGCCGACUCGUAAACUAUAAUCACAGGAUCGACAGGAAUGAAAAUGCUCAGACUACAUGAUCAUUUAGAACAACAUUACUGGGCAUGGCGACCGCGUUGUAUGAAGUAUGUACAUUACAAUUUUCCUUUUGCGGUUUGAACCACUCAACUUUGGUCAUUAUAAAUACAAUGUUGUUGAAAAAUA